AUGCGGAUUAGUUGGAGCUCAGCUCAACCUCUGAAGCUUGAUCGUGACUUACUUCUAAGACUAAAUUUCCGUAUCGAAGUAGAUUCUCGAUCAUUCCCUACACUGCUAUUCGAAUACCGAGUUCGCCUCUCUCUAGUCAACAUGGGCUUCCAAGUGUUAAAGAAGGUUUACGACCCAUCUGCAUCCAUGCACGGGUUUCAGGUCGCGCCAAAGUCUGGUAUAUUCCGCCUGCAGAAUAACAUCGAUCCUAAUUGGAUCCAGACUUCAAGGGAACUUCACUUCAACAUAUGUGUGCUUUACAAAGAAACAUGGGUUGCGAGACGCAAAUAUCAGGUUGGACUUUCGUAUGGUAUCUCUGUCAAUGUCCUGGGUCACAAAGAGACGGCAUACAAUUUUACGCCGACUAGUGGCUCACUGUUGUACCAGAAGAAGCGCGUUACUUUUACGUGUACUCACCCGUCUAAGACGGCAGUCAAGAUUGAGAUUGCCGUGAUUCACUUGCCAUUUUACUCUUUCCAUACAACAGCGAAAAAUCCAUUGGAAGAACCAAUAACAGAAACGAAGCCCCUCGUGCAAGGCGGCAAAGAAUCAGUCACCGAAUCCCUUGAGGCUGGAAAAUAUACCACGAAUUGCUAUUACUCUGAAAACGACUCCACGAACGAUUCGACGACGGCACCUGGGCAGGAGCUACGCGCGAGUCGUCCAUCUUGUAGUGACGUAGUUUCCCUCAUGUCGUUUGCAUACAACGGAGACUCACUUAGAUUGAACAUUGUUGAUGUCUACGAUGGAGACAUUCAGCGACUAGAUACAUAUCCCGUCAAGUAUGACAGAGACUGUCUUUCUCAAGCCUCGUAUAAUGGCCAAGAGAAGUUCUGCUUUCUCUCCCUCAUCAAGUCUGCAGCAGCCAACGCCAACAAGCCAUUCAAAGAAGCAGCCAUGCAACGCUGGAGAGUCUUUCAACCGGCCUCGAAACCCUGUCUUCUAUCAAACUAUCACAAAAGUUUGAUUCACCCUAAAGAUGGUUAUGAUCACUUGGGUUUCACAAAACCCGAUGGCUCGACUAUUUGGGAAUGCGAGGAAUCACCUCAGUAA